UUUGCUUAUUAGAUUGUCACACUCUUCCAUGGGAAGUUCUUAAUAUUUUUUUUGUGAGCAGGACUUUUAUUUUGGUCUGAAGGUAUGACAUCAUAAAGCUGUGCCGUGCUCCUGCAUCUGUUGAUGUGAUUCAGCUGAAGAAAGGUUUGAUUUUUUUUUACACAUUUAGUUUUUAAAUCAAUUCUAACUGUUCAGUCAAUUUGUUUUUUACAAGUUAUGUACUGUUAAUUAACCAUUCUUGAAAGCAACGUUGCAGUGCUUUAUUUAACAUUAAUUAAUGUUAUUUAUUCCUUAUGUUAAUUAUCUUAAACAUGACAAACACACACAAACUCGUUGAAGUGACUUAGAUCCAUGUGACACUAUUAUAAAGAUGGCAUUUAUUAAAGAGGAGAGUGAAGAAACAUUCACAGUGAAACAAGAAGAAACUGAGGAUCAAACAAAGAUGGAGUUUAUUAAAGAGGAGAGUGAAGACAUGAAAGAUGAAGAAAUAUUCAGUGUGAAACAAGAAGAUACUGAGGAACAAACAGACCUGAUGGCACUGAAAGAGGAGUGUGUAGUACUAAAAGAGGAAAGUGAAGUACUGAAUGAAAUGGAAAAGAAAGAUCAAUAUAACAAUCUUCAUGAUUUCAUUACUGGAGAAAAAUCUUUCAGUCACUCACAGACAGAAAACACCUCACGAAAAAUAGCUCAAAAUACUGGAACUAGAACUUGUUUCACCUGCAACCUGUGUGAAAAGAGUUUCAGCACAGAGGAAAACCUUAAAGUCCACUUGAAAAUUCACAUUGGAGAGAAGCCUUACACCUGCUCUCAGUGUGGAAAAGUAUAGCUGCAGUACAUAUUUCUUUAAAUUAAUAUGUUCUAUAAUUUACAUACAUAUUAUUUCUGUCGUUUUAACAUGUUUUUAUGUUUGUUUAAAUUAAUUCAUGCAUAUUGAGUGCUUAUGUUAAGUAGGAACUAAAGUACAUAUGCGGUACACACGGACAUUUUUGAAAGGUGCAACAGGAAAAAACGGACUUUUGGCGAGAAGUUAAUAUCUCUGCAUGUGGAUUUAAAGUUACAAAGAAGUUGCAAAGAAGAAAGGAUGCUUUUCAUUUUUGUAUUUUGAUCGGGGUAUUUCAAAGAAUUCAUUCCCUUUUGGUUAUAUGCAGCCAGCGAGGUAUGUGAAGUAUGUUUGUGUUUCCCGAGAGUUUGACGGUGGAUUUCAUUGACGGUGAACGUGAUAGCGUAGAAAAGAAUGAGAAAGACAAUAAAUCCAUCAGUAUCCAGAACCAUGGCGUCGUUUAUUUCCCGGAGGGAG